UAGCCACCUUUGCAUCCUCCCCCUCCAUCUCCACCGCAACGUCACCCAGCAUAAUGGUCUCCUCCUCAUCAGCAUCAAGCGUAGCGCCUCGCACCCUCUCCUCCGUCUCCAAGGGUAAAGAAUCGGUCAAGUCGUCCAUCGUCGGGAGCAGUACCAAGGCGAGCAUGCCGGCUGCUUCUCGCAACGGCGUUGAUGACGACGACGAUGAGGACCUCUUGAUCGGGUCGAGCUCGACCGUCCCGUCUGCACCUGAAGGCGCCGCAGGCAUCAACGGCGGGAUGGACCUCGACGACGGCGAAGCUGGCUCAGCAGCCGCAGAGUCAGGCUCAUCCUCCCGCCCCUCCUUCGCCCCCCUCUCCCGUACCCAACAAUCUGCGGCCUCGUCGUCGUCCUCCUCUUCCUCCAAGCAAUCUCAGCUACGCCGCAUCCCCAUCCCUCCACAUCGUCUCACCCCUCUCAAAUCGGACUGGCCCAAACUCUACACCCCGCUAGUGGACGUAGCCCACCUCCAAGUACGCAUGAACGUACCUCGCAAAUGCGUCGAGAUCCGUUCCUCCCCUCACACCCCUGAUGUAGGACUGGUACAGAAGGGGGCAGACAUGCUUCGCGCUUACGCCUUGGGAUUUGAGGCGGACGACGCUGUUGCCCUGCUGAGAUUGGACGACGUUUUCAUUGACACGUUCCAGAUUAAGGACGUCAAGACUCUUCAGGGGGAUCAUCUGAGUAGGGCUAUUGGACGAUUGGCGGGAAAGGAUGGGAGGACGCGAUAUGCGAUUGAGAAUGCUACUCGCACUCGUAUCGUCUUGGCGGACGAUCGUAUUCAUAUCUUGGGGGGAUUCCAGGCUAUCAGGACUGCCAGGAAUGCCUGUGUCAGUCUUGUCUUGGGUAGCCCGCCUGGAAAGGUAUACGCGCAUGUGAGUUUGUCCGAGCCCACGAUACCUAAGGACGCGUAACAAGAGCUCUUGCGCUGACAUGCUGCGAUCCUGACCCUGCUCUCUCGCUCCGACAGCUCAAGACGGUCGCUGCCAGGCAACGCCAGCGUGCGUGAGGCGUGCCAACCCUCGACAGGCUGUCCGGUCCCGCGCUCGCUCUUGUUUUGUCGUUCUCCUCUCACGAUCAAAUCAAUACGCCCGAUAUCCCGCCACAGCGAAGUCAUUCGGCGACACGAGAGAGUGUGGUGUG